AUGGAUUCUCUUAAGAUUGAGGAAUUGUUGGGGAAAGGAUCUUCUGGAAAAGUAUACAAAGCACUAGAUACAACAACUAAAAACCAUUAUGCAAUCAAGAAAAUGAAUAUUCAUGCAGAGAAUGGUGUUUCGAUGCAUGCCAUACGUGAAAUAAAAUUAUUGAAAAAAUUAAAAUCGAAAUACGUAGUUGAAUUACAUCAUAUUAGGGCUAUAAACAAAUGUAUUGAUUUAGUGAUAGAGUACAUGCCGUUUACUUUAGAAUAUCUCAUUUCAUCUAAAUUUUCAUUCACAGAUAAUCAUUUCUUUUUAAUUAUGUAUCAAUUAUUACACGCUGUUAGUUUCAUACAUUCAAGAGCAAUAAUACAUCGAGAUCUUAAACCAAGUCAUGUUCUCCUAGAUCAGAAUUGUAAUAUAAAAAUAAUAGACUUUGGUAUGGCAAGGGAAGAAUGUUUAAAUAUGACAAAUAAGAUAAGUUCGCUAUACUACAGAGCCCCAGAGACAUUGUUAGGUGAUACUCAAUAUUCAAAUAAAGUUGAUGCAUGGGCUGUUGCUUGUAUAAUCCUUGAAAUUAAAAAUGGAUCCCCUGUGUUUAAGGGUGACGAUGAGAUUUCACAGUGUAAAUUGAUCCUAUCUACUUUUGGUCAACCUGAAACUAAAUACCCCUGGGAUGAUCUAUAUAAUGUGCAGAAAUAUGCUAAAACAAUGACUUUUGAAGCGUUAUUUCAAAAUAAGUUUGGUCAUCUUGUUGAUGAAAAAUCACUACAGAUAUUAAGAGAAAUGAUGCAUUUGGACAAGCAUAGAAGACUUUCUGUACAAAAUGCAACAAAGUUAGAACCUAUUAAAAGGGGCGAAAGUAUCAAAUGCUGUAUUGAACACAAAGCACCAGACACUGAUAACAAACGAUGA